CUCAACAUCAUCAUCAUCAACAGCAACAACAAACAUGGCUGACAGUGGUAUGUCCGAGAACGAUGUUAACGUUUCCGAUGGGGAAACAACAGUGCUCGCUGAUGACACCAAGAAAAUGCGGCAUCAGAAAGGCAAGAAGAAAAAGACUCCAGGAAUUGUGUAUCUGAGCUACAUCCCUCCAAAGCUUAACGUCAAGAUGGUUCGACAGAUGCUCUCGGCGUACGGCGAAAUCGGGCGGAUAUUUCUGCAGCCAGAAAAACCAAACGGACGUUGUCGGACAUUUACUGAAGGCUGGGUGGAAUUUGCGGACAAAAAGGUGGCAAAGCUCGUUGCUCACGCGCUGAACAAUAAACAGGUCGGUGGAAAGAGGCGGGCUGAGUACUAUCACAGCUUGUGGAGCCUCAAAUAUCUCCAUCGGUUUAGGUGGACGCAUUUGAACGAACGACUGGCGUAUGAAAAAGCAGUUCGUGAACAGAGGCUUCGCACUGAAAUCGCGCAGGCUAAACGGGAAUCUAACUUUUAUGUCAGUUCUGUGGAAAAGAGUAAACGGCUAAAGAAGACUGGAACUGAAGGGGACGUAACGGGUGCGAAGGUCAACGAUGUGAGACAGCGUGCGACGAAUGAAGAGAUAUUGGAGGAACAACGAAAAAAGAAAGGCUUACAAACUGUUGACAGCGUGCCUGAUAUUGGUCUUCUCAAAAAUAUAUUCAUACGUCGUCGUAAAGAAUCAACAUCGAUGGAUUUUGAGAGCGAAUAAAUGUUCUGCUGCAAACA